AUGGCAAACCUAGAAGCUGGCAACCCACGAGCCAUUGAGCCCCUCGAGAUAGAGAUCCCCGACGGUGGUAUUAAUUACAUCCAGAGGGCACAAUGGCUUCGAGCAGCAGUUCUUGGAGCCAACGAUGGAUUGAUAUCAGUCUCAUCGAUGAUGUUGGGUGUUGGAGCAGUUAAACAGGACGUGAAAUCCAUGAUCCUCACUGGUUUUGCAGGGAUGGUUGCUGGUGCUUGUAGUAUGGCAAUAGGAGAGUUUGUAUCAGUUUACUCGCAGUUAGAUAUAGAAGUGUCUGAGAUGAAGAGAAAAAAUGUGAGGGAGAAUGGAAAAAAAAGUGGGGAUGAGGGAGAGAAUGAAGAUUUGCCAAACCCAUUCAAGGCAGCCGCAGCAUCUGCUCUUUCAUUCGUAGUGGGAGCUGUGGUGCCACUGAUAUCAGCAGCAUUUAUACAAUCAUAUAAGGAGAGAUUGGGGGUGGUGAUUGCAGUGGCAUGCUUGGCGUUGGUAAUAUUUGGAGGGUUAGCUGCAUUUCUAGGGAAAGCACCUGUGAAGAGAUCUUGCUUGCGGAUGUUGGUUGGGGGUGCGCUGGCUAUGGCCAUAACCUAUGGAUUGACCAAAUUGAUUGGACUUGCUGGAGUUUAA